AUGUCGCUAUCUAAACAUAAAAAGGGAGAGUAUUACCCUGUGGUCAUUGAUAUAGGAUCUAGAUUCAUUAGAGCUGGGUUUGCUGGAGAACCAAACCCCAUUGCUGUCCUUUCAACCAGCUCAGAUUUUAAGUCAAGCGGUAGCAAAACCAUAGAGUUGCCCCCCUAUUAUAAUAUUCUGGAUUCAUCAUUAACCGAAUUACAGAAAUCUGAUAUCAUUUCAAGCUACAUGAAGGAAGACACAAUUAAACAAAUGUCUGUGAUAUAUAACGAAAACUUGAAUAACUGGAUACAUAUUAAUAGAGAGGAAAUUAGCCCAACUGUUGAACUUAUUCUCAUUGGAAUGGUUAAACGAGUGAUAUGUGAGAAACUAGUAAGUCUGCCAAAAAAUUUGAAAGUGAUAGUGGUUGAUCCGUUUUAUUCAUUAGUAAACAAAUUUAAGCUAUCAAACAUUCUUUUGAACAAUAUCAAGGUUAAGUCUGUAUCAUUCAUUUCAGAGCCAUUGCUAUCCAUUAUUGGAAGCAAUGCUUUUUCGGGGCUCGUCCUUAAUUUUGGAUGGGAUUUGAGCUCUAUCUCAGCUGUUAUGGAUAUGUUCUUAUUUAAGUCAGAAAUGAUAGUCGAUAGCUGCUCCGGUCUUAUGUUACAUUUCAAGUUCAUUGAAAGAUUACUAGAGCUUAAUUGUGAUCAAGUGAACAGUAUUCUAUUAAACAGCAAGAACUUAUUCGAUAUUAUUGAGUCCUUCAUAGUUAAUGCGGUUUACGUCAGGUCCGAUGACGAUAAGAUUCCUGUUAAUUCGAACUUUGAAAUAAUGGAAGACGUAUUUAUUCCAAGUAGACUACGCUACGAAGUAGUUGAGUCCAUCUUCUUUGAUGACAAAAAGAUAUUAGAUAGUGUCCGCGUUAUGAUAGAUACGGCCCCCAUCGAUUACCGUAAAUCUUUACUUAAGAAUAUCAUAAUAACUGGGGGUAUUUCACAUAUACCCGGUUUCAAAUCGAGAAUGAUGCAAGAACUUCGAAGAUACAUGACAACUAAAGAACUUGAGGUUAAUGUUUCUUUAGGAUCAUGGUCUGGUUGUUCUCUUUAUAUUUCUUCAUUAUUAGCAAGGAAGAUUAAAACUUGGACAAAACAAGAAAUAACAAGAGAUACUCUCAAAAGAAUUACCAAUGAGAAUAGAUCAGGCUUCAUUUUGACUGGGUUUCCCGAUCCCUUCAAUUAUCAAUUCAAGAAAAAUAUUAUAUAG